AUGUCUAUUCAUACUGAUGAAAAUGAUGUAUAUAUAUAUGGUAGUAAAGUCGAUCAUGAUCAUCAACCAAAUCCUGAUCUAAUUCAAACAAAACGUCUUCGACGAGAAAUGAAACAACGUAUUGUAAAUGAAUUAACACCAAUUGCUGUGAUUUAUGAAGAAGAAACAGCUAAAGCACCAGUUGAUCGUGCAGUUUUAGCUGCAUUUCCGACAAAUCAAGAAAUUUAUCAUACACUUGCAGCAAAUCGUCAAAAACUAGUACCUCUAUUACCAAGUUCAUAUUCAUUUGACAUUCCUGAUCUAUACGAAUUAACCAAUAAUGGAGAAAGAUUUUUACUUUUGGAUGAAUCACGUGCAAGACGUGACCGUCUAUUACUAUAUGGAAGUGAUGUUCAGUUAAAUUUAUUGUUUGAUUCACAAGCCGUAUAUAUGGAUGGCACAUUCUCAAAAGCGCCGCCAUAUUUCAUGCAAGUUUUCAUUAUUCAUGCGAUUUAUUUUGAUACAUGUGUACCUUGCGUAUUUGGACUGAUGAUUAAUAAAAAAGGUACAACUUAUCGACAAAUUUUUUUUGAGCUCAAACAAAUAGCUGCAGAACGUCAUAAAGACUUUUCACCUCAAUUAAUAUUAACCGAUUUUGAAUCUGGCGUUCUACCGGUGUUCCCUUCAUCUAGACACUAUGGAUGUAAUUUUCAUUUUUGUCAGGCCAUAUUUAGACAAAUUCAACAGCUGGGCAUUCAGCAGCAAUAUAUUAGAGAUGAAGUUGUACGUGGUCUUUGUAGAAAAAUCAUGUCUCUGGCGAUGAUGCCGGUAGACAUAGUUCUUCGUAGCUACGACGAGAUUCGAAAUGAUGCUCAACAACUAACUGGUUCACCAAUCGAACCGCUGUUAAACUAUUUCGAAAAACAAUGGUUACCUGACAUCAAUUUGUGGAAUGUUUCAACCACCAAUUCGCGUACUAAUAGUGUAUGUGAAGGUUAUCAUAACAGAAUGAACCACCGCAUUUCACGUAAUCAUCCGCACAUAUGGCGAUUUAUUCAAUUCGUGCAAUCUGAAGAAAAAAAUGUUCAAACAAUUGUUCUUCAGUGGUCUUCCGGUGCAACGAAAAAACAAAAUGUACGAGCAACAGCAAAACAAAAACGUAUUGAUACUCUGUAUCAACGGUAUAAUGAUGGUCUAAUUAAUUCUUCUCAACUUCUUACUGGAUUAUCCUCAGAAGUUGGUGGAUUUACAAGAACUUUUACUACUGGUUAUUUUUGUCGUUAUUGUUUCACGCAUCAUCACGAUAUGAAACAUAUUUACAAGGAAUCACAAACAUUAAUUCGUACAGCUGAAUCGCAUGAUAUUCAGUUAAAACAUGUAGAAAACGUGCCUUCAGAUAAAUCUAUGUAUGGUAUCAAUGAAGCAUCAGCAUUAUCAUUUAUUUCAUCGUUUCAUCCUAUUACUUCUUUGCCACCAGAUUUGAUGCAUGACGUAAUGGAAGGUAUCAUGCCUAAAUUAACAAGCUGCUUAUUACAUGUGGUGGCGUCUAAUAGUUUAUGCACAUCUUCAAAAAUAUAUCAAAUGAUAAACAAAUUUACUUAUGGUAGCAACGAUAGAAGAGAUCGACCAACUGUAUUGAAAGAAAAAGAUAUUUCGGAAAAAGUUAUUCGAGGUAAACAUUAA